ACGAAUUACUCUUAUAAUUAGGUUACAGCUACUGAUGGUGAUAAGGAUCGUCCACAAAACAUUGUAUAUUUUCUCACCGGUCAGGGAAUAGAUCCCGAUAAUCCAGCCAAUAGUAAAUUUGAUAUAAACCGCACAUCCGGUGAAAUAUUUGUGCUCAAACCCUUAGAUAGAGACCAACCAAAUGGUAGACCUCAAUGGAGAUUUACUGUUUUUGCUCAAGAUGAAGGCGGCGAAGGCUUAGUAGGAUAUGCGGACGUGCAAGUGAAUUUAAAGGAUAUCAACGAUAACGCUCCAUUGUUCCCACAGGGUGUUUACUGGGGCAAUGUGACUGAGAAUGGAACGGCUGGAAUGGUGGUAAUGACUAUGACGGCUGUGGAUUACGACGAUCCAGCUGAAGGUACUAAUGCCAAACUAAUAUACUCGAUAGAGAAAAAUGUUAUUGAAGAAGAAACUGGCACACCAAUAUUUGAAAUUGAAUCCGAUACGGGUGUGAUCAAGACAGCUGUGUGUUGUUUGGACAGAGAGCGAACACCGGAUUAUUCUAUUCAAGUUGUAGCUAUGGAUGGCGGAGGGCUAAAAGGUACAGGUACAGCAUCAAUACGAGUGAAGGAUAUCAACGAUAUGCCACCACAAUUCACCAAAGAAGAAUGGUUGACAGAAGUUGAUGAAACUGACGGUGCAAAUCUACCAGAAACUCCUAUUUUGACUGUAACGGUCCACGACGAAGACGAGACAAAUAAGUUCCAAUAUAAGGUAAUUGAAAAUAGCGGUUAUGGUGCUGAUAAAUUCACUAUGGUUCGCAACAACGAUGGUACAGGCUCACUGAAAAUCGUCCAGCCGUUGGACUACGAAGAUCUGUUACAAAGUAACGGAUUCCGUUUUCGUAUACAAGUUAAUGAUAAGGUAAUUUUCUAUUUAAUAUAUUGAACAAUUCUUGA